AAAAGUCGAAGAAAAAUUAAAAUAAUAAUAAAAAUACAUGUCUACCGCCAAAGUCUUUGUGGGCAGCCUGCCCCCUGGCUGCAAACCAGACGAGCUGAGACGCCUUUUUUCAAACUAUGGAGCAGUCGUGGAGUGCGAUGUAAUGAAUCGAUGUGGUUUUGUUCACUUGGAGAACACAGAGAUGGCUGAUGCUGCCAUAGCUGCUCUUAAUGGAAUUGAAUUUAAGGGGCAAAACAUUGUCGUCGAACCGGGCCGACCAAAAGAACGAGGCAGAAAGGGAGUUGGAGUGGCAACGGGGCCGGGAGCCGGUAAUCGAGGAGGACGACGACCAAUGCAACAGGGUCAUGGUCAUGGGGGGGAAACAAAUAAAGGUCCUCUGGAAUCAAGAUCUACUCAUCGUGGAGGUGGUGGUGGUGGUCAACCCAAUUUUGGUAGAGCUUCUGGUGGCAGAGGAGGAGGAUCCGGCGAUUCGAGGGAAUCCAUUUCAAACGGCAACAAUUUUGGGCCCAUACGGAACGACCGAAACUAUAGUCAACAGAGAAAUGCACCGUACAGAAAAGGGUCAUCACAGCAACAGAGUCACCACAGCGAAGGUUCGGCACAGGGAUUUAAAAACAGAUUCAGUGCAGGAGGCAGCGGUGGAACUGCAGGUUCAAAUAGAUUUGCAGGCACUAGUGGAGGCAAUGGAGGUUUUAACAACAGUCCCGGUAAUCGAUUUGGCGGUCACAAUCAACAAUACCAGCAAUGGGACAACAAUUCGGGAUCACACAGCAAUGCAGUGCAAGGGGGACGAAGGAAUUUCAAACACAGCCCAUCCAGUGGAUUUAGUGGCAAUAAUCAACAAAAUGACUCCCAAAGUGGGCAUUCAGGUUCUGGUGGGAGCAGCAACGGCAAUCAACGAGGUGGCGGCUUAGGUCCAUCGGCUAAUGUAAGACAAGAUCGUCGUGGUUUUGCAUUACCCGCUGAUCAUCAUCAUCAGCAACAACAACAGCCAGUUUCCUUUGGUGGGAACCAGUCAGGCCGUUUUGGCAAUGGCCUAGGUCCAAUGCGAUCAGACAAUCCAGUUAUGAAUAGCGGUAAUCACCAAGGCGGAAGGCCUGGAUUUAGUCCGAAUCGUGGAAAUUUCGGUGGACGUGGUGGGUUUAAUGCUCGUUCCUCCAACAAUGAACGUGGCAUGUCUCAAAAUCAAGGACCUGGCGGCGGUUUUAAUAAGCGUGGUAGCCAUCCACAUAGUCAGAAUCAGAAUGCUUUGACCGCAUAUCAAGCGGAGUUUCCUCCUUUGGGCCCCAGCCAUGGGCCUAGGGGUAGUGGACAGCGAAAUCGUUUCAGUGGACCCAGACAAGGAUCAGGACCAAACAUGGGCGGGAAUCGUAGAUUUUAAAGAUGCAAAAAUGGGAUUACUUAAAUAGCCGAAAAUUGUUUUCCAAUUAUUUUAAGUUCGGCAUUAUACAUAAUUUGUCAAGUUUUUAGUUGAGUAUAGUACCCCUGUUCUCCCACAAAUUUUACCCAUAAUCUUACUUAUAUUUUUGUCGUCAUAUCAAUUCAUUGAGUCCCACACAUUUAUUGUUAAUUGUAGUUAAGAUUGUUUUCAAUAUUUAAUGCAAUACUUAAUGAGAUAAUUUGAUUCAUGUGCAACUAGUUCUUUUUUUUUUUAUUAGAACCGACAAUUUAAACAAUUUGGAAUUCUUUUCCCUUAGAAAGGACACCCGUUGCAUAUCUAUGCCAUCCUGUUCUCACUUAAUAAAAUUACAUAUAAUAAAAAUAUUGCCAAGAAGCUAACGAACAAAAUUAAACGAAA